GAAGGAUUUCUACUUGGGGAAAUUAAAGCAGAAGCAAAAAAUAGCAUUACUGACUCUCAGCUGGAUGACAUUGAGGUGGUUUAUACAAUAGAUAUACAAAAACAUAUUCCAUGUUACUGGCUGUUCAGUUUUUAUAAUUUUGCUGGUGAAGUGGAUGAAAAAGCACUGAAGAAAAUAUUGCAAGAUCACAAAAAGAAUGUUAUUGGUUGGUAUAAGUUCAGACGCAACACGAGUCAGGCGAUGACAUUCCGAGAGCGCCUUCUUCACAAGAACCUUCAGAUUCAACUAAAAAACCAGCAGCUGGUGUUCUUUCUCUUUACUACCAAAUUGUGCAGAGAGAAUGGUUCCACACACAGCCUGGAAUACACUCUCAGUAAACCUCAGGAAAGUUUUGUUCAGCAAAUUCCUGUAUCUGUGACCAAUCUGGGAAUGUCCGAACAACAGGACUACAUAACAUUUUCAGGGUCCUGUACUUCAACAGGCUACAGUCGAACAGUGCAGAAACAUAGCCUUGAGUUUUUUGAUCAAGAUGGGUCCUUAAAAGAAGUUCAGCGAAUUAAAGGAAUCUAUGCCUCACUGCAGGAGGAACUGAAGACAACUUGCUUAAAGGUAGAAGAGAGUGAACGAUCCGUGCAAUAUUUACUAGCUGAUGUACAAAAACUCAGGAAGACACUAUCUGAGAAGAAAAAAGAGCUCACACAGAUACCAGACGAGAAAAAAUCCAACCUCAUGGAAACAAAUUUUGACUUGUGCCAGGCUUUGCAAAAGGCUUUCCCAAACUCAAAACUUUUACAGUCUGUGUCCGUGACUAGAGAAAGUGAAAUCGUGCCAGUUCAGUGCUGCAGUGAAGACAAUGGGAUUCACGAAAAGGACGCGUUGACUCAGGUAUCAGCCAAGAGCUUCCAUAUUUCAGCAUCAGAGAGCACCAAGAUUUCAUGCAAGCGGAAGGCCAAAAACUGCCAUGGUCGCUUACAGAAAAAACAAAAACCACUUCGACCAAAGACCAGAAAAGCAGCCACAAACAUAGAAAACGAUGGCAGUGAAACUGAAUCAUUGAUAAGACUGACUGGCUCAGAGAGUGAAGGAGAUGCGUUAGGCCAAUACACCAAGGAUCCACACUCUUCAGCAUCACCAACUUUCUGACCAUUCCAAACGCUCAGAACUGAAAUACAAUCCAAACUGGAGACAUGCAAAGUGCUAAAUCUUUUGAAAAAGUCAGUAUGCUAGCUUUUAGCUAUUCUAUUUUUUAAAUGAGAAAUGUGUCAUCUAGCCAGCAAGAUGACCCGGGUUUGAUUUCUGGGCUGGCUGAAACCUUAGGCAUAUUUCCU